AUGGCCGCUGUUCGCCCCUUCUUCUUCUUACUCCUCCUCCUCCUCUCCCUCCUCCCUCUCUCCCUCCCCCUUACCCUCCCUGAAAACCAAGCCCUUCUCACCCUCAAACAAUCCUUCUCUAACCCCCAAACCCUCUCUUCCUGGGUCCCUGACCAGAACCCCUGCACCGCCCGCUGGGUCGGCAUCAUCUGCGUCAACAACGUCAUCAGCAGCCUCCACCUCACUGACCUCUCGCUUUCCGGCUCUAUUGACAUCGAAGCCCUCUCCCAGAUCCCCUCUCUCCGCUCCAUUAGCCUCAUCAACAACUCCUUCACCGGCCCCAUCCCUCACUUCAAUAAACUCGGAGUCCUCAAGGCCCUCUACUUGACCAACAACAAGUUCUCUGGGCCCAUCCCCUCCGAUUACUUCUCCCAUUUAGCCUCCUUGAAGAAAGUAUGGCUCUCCAACAACCAAUUCUCCGGUCCCAUCCCCGACUCCUUAGGCACCCUCCGUUACCUCUCCGAGCUCCACGUCGAGAACAACCAGUUCUCCGGCCCCGUCCCCGAACUCAAACAGGACAUCAAGUCCCUCGACAUGUCCAACAACAAGCUCGAAGGCCUAAUUCCCUCCUCCAUGGCGCGCUUCGAUGCCAAAUCCUUUUCCAACAAUGAACAACUCUGCGGGAAGCCUCUGGAUAAAGAGUGUGGGUCCCAUCCCAGCACUGGUGUAGCUGCUGGUGCUGGUGCUGGUGCUGGUUCUGGUGCUGGUGCUGGUGCUGGGGCUGCUGAUGCUGGCUCCGGUUGGGGGUUGAAGGUGGUUAUGCUCAUCUUCAUUGCCGCUGUUCUCGCCGGGGCUUUUGUCAUGGUCAAGUCCAAGCGUGAACGCGAAGAUGACUUCAGUGUGAUGAGCAGGGAUAAUGCAGAGCAGGUGGUGCAGGUACACGUACCGAGCAGCAACCACAGCAGGGGAUCCGAGGGGAGCAAGAAGGAGUCGUCGGGGGCGCCGAAGAAAGGGUCAUCCCGGAGUAUGGGUGACCUCGUGAUGGUGAACGACGUCAAGGGCGCGUUUGGCUUGCCCGAUUUGAUGAAGGCUGCGGCGGAGGUUCUCGGGAACGGUGGGAUGGGUUCGGCGUACAAAGCCGCCAUGGCUAGUGGCUUGUCUGUGGUGGUAAAGCGGAUGCGCGAGAUGAAUAAAGUGAGCAGAGACAUCUUCGACGCCGAGAUGAGACGCUUUGGGAGACUCAAAAACCCUAACAUUCUGACUCCUCUCGCUUACCAUUACCGCAAGGAGGAAAAGCUCUUCAUUACGGAAUACAUGCCCAAAGGAAGCUUGUUAUACGUCUUGCACGGUGACAGAGGAUCGAGUCAUUCGGACCUGACUUGGCCAAUCCGUUUGAAUAUUGUAAAGGGAAUAGCACGAGGGUUAGGGUUUCUAUAUAAAGAAUUUUCGAACGAAGACCUGCCGCAUGGGAACCUGAAAUCCUGCAAUGUUCUGCUAACUAAUAAUUACGAGCCUCUCCUAGGCGACUAUGCCUUUCAUCCGCUCAUCAACCCCAACUACGCCGUACAGACAUUGUUUGCCUACAAAACUCCGGAUUACGUAUCAUACCAGCGUGUUACACAGAAAACCGACGUUUAUUGCCUCGGAAUCAUCGUUCUCGAGAUCAUCACCGGCAAAUUCCCUUCUCAAUAUCACAGUAAUGGCAAGGGUGGGACUGACGUAGUGCACUGGGUGUUCACUGCAAUCUCUGAGAGAAGAGAGGCAGAACUGAUUGAUCCAGAGUUGAAGAGCAGUCGCCCUAAUUCCCUCAAUCAAAUGCUACAACUUCUCCAAAUAGGGGCUGCUUGCACGGAGAGCAACCCCGACCAACGACUUAACAUGAAGGAAGCCAUUAGGAGGAUAGAGGAGGUUCAGGUUUAA